UUAGCAAUCAGCUUUUGGUAUGGAUACCUGUAUGAUCAUUAUAUUAUAUAUAAUAAUAAUCAAAAUAGUAUCUAAAAAAUCUACAAAUCUCAUUUCAGGAAUAUACAAUUGCCAUAUCAAGUGCAUCCUUCUUGUUUAAGAUUAAAAGUUAUUGUUUCAUCUUAACAAAUAAAUUAAAUGUCAGUUUCAUGUGUUUGAUCGUUCUACUAGUAAUAUUGAAUAAUUUUCAACUGUUUCUGUAGACAAGGUGUAAAUUGGUAAAUUCGGUCUUAAGGAAGGAUUAUUUUAUUCAUUUGUGAUUUUUUGUGUGAUAAAAACACGUGUGAAUACGUGAUUACAUCUGAAAAGAAUCGUACUAAUAGUUGACAAUACACAGGCCUGAGUUCACGUGUUCCCAGAAGGCCACCAGAAAGGCUUGCCCUUAUGUAAAUGAGCAGUUGGGAGAAUUUGUCUUACAAUGGUGUGACUCAUGUCACAGGCACGUGAUGAUAUAAAAUCUCAUCAAAAUCGCCACAUCUCGGCAAAUUUUUGUCAUAAUAUCAAUCUUUCAUUACCACUGAUCAUACAGGACUAUUACUAGUAAAGGGGUUUGCUGAAAAUACUGUGAAAAUACAGGUUUACCACACGAGACCGGCGCCGGGCACUCAUGACGCCAUGACUCAGAUGACUGCGCCACAAAGUGGCUCGUUUUAACCCAUGAUAGGAUACACGGGUUGUGAUGCGGUGCAAUGGUUGUGGAAUAAUGGCGACAGAGCUGAAAGGAAGAAAGCCCUUGUUCCAGCUUCGCUUCCAUUUGGAUUUACAGGAAUUGACGACGACUUUUUAAAUUUUUUUCAGGCUGUUGAAAGUUUGAAAACAUAGCUGAACAUAUUGAAAGGCUGGUAGCAGUUGGGAGAAACAAGUUGUUCAUCAUUUCUCCUGUGAAGCUUUGGAAAGCAGACAUAAUGUUGAAACACAGAACAGCAACCUUUACUCGAGUCAAGGCUACACUACAACAGGAACAGUUCUGUAACUACAUCCACCGUAGCUGCCUCCAGCCACGAGCAGAAGGUUCGGAAUAUUGUAUCCGGCACGUGUUGGAGGAUAAGGCAGGGCCGUACCGUCAGUGUAACUACGUGUCAGGGAAGUCUGGCAAACGGUGCUCCAACGCAGCACCCAAAGCAGCCAACAGGGAUGGUUACUGCAGCGAGCAUGCGGCUCGAGCAGCCAUGUGGCGCCAGCGGGCUAACAGAAGGAAGCGACCGGUGGACAAUUCAGGCCCCCUUCUGGAACACCUGCUUCACUACAGCCCGGAGCUGGAGAAAAGUCUGGGGAGGGCCCUGCCACAAGCUAAUGUCAUCUCCUCAUCCAACCAACCAAGCAGGGUCUUAGAUUAUGACUACUCAAGUGAGAGUGACCAGGAGCCUAUCCAGGUGGACCAGGCAUGGAGAGGAGAUGGGGACAGCGAUGCUGAGAGCAUUGACAGUGAACAAGAGGACCCUCUCAAGCAUGCUGGAGUAUACACUGCAGAGGAGGUUGCCCUGAUCACCCGGGAGAAACUGAUCAGGUUGCAGUCCCUGUACAUAGAUCAGUUCAAGAGGUUGCAGCAUCUCUUGAAGGAAAAGAGACGCAAGUACCUCACCGCCAAGAAAAUGGAGCAGGACAUUCUUGGCUCUGUGAUUCCUUCUACUGAUGAAGACUUAGACAGCUCUGACAAGGAGAAACUCCGCACCCUCCGCGCUACCAAGCGAUAUCGUAAGCGUCACGGAGCCGAGGCCCUUCUGCAGAGCAGGUCCAACGAGAGGAGAAUCGCUGCAUCAGAGAGCCACCUUGUCACCAAGCCCACCCCUCCCCCUCGCUGUAACAUCAUUAUAGACGGGGAGAGAUGUAGUCACAAUGUGGUGCCCAUGUCAAGAUUCUGUCUUCAACACAUCCUUCACGACCCUCACCAGGUCCUGUUCCAGCACUGCUCUCAUUCCACAGGAGGGAUCGAGAUCUGUGACAAGCCUGUCGCCAUGGGGAUGGACAGAACCACCUGUGUUCUACACUCACCCCUCCCUCCGCAGAGGUUCAAACUGCCUGAGAAAGAGGAGGAGAUGAUAGUGGAGGAGGUGAAGCCAGACGUUAUGCAGGUAGAUGUGGAAGAAGAUGACAGCAAGCCCAUGGAGGUCACAGCUUCAGGGGGCAAGAGUCAAAGACAAGACCUGGCAGAAGCUGACACCAAAAGUGGUGAAGAGGGGACCAAGGAAGAAUCCUCGAGGAACCAGGAAACAACAGCCCUGGUAGAUGAAACACCAGCUACCUCCGCCCAGCCGGCUUCUCAACAAGAGUCCAUGGAUACAAAUGGUGAAACAUCAACAGCUGUGUCAUCAUAAAUGUACAGAAGAUCAUAUGUAUAUGGGCGUAAACUAACAAGUAAACUUAAAAGAACCCAAGUACUAUAUUAUUUUAUUAUCACAUAAAGACCAUACACCUGUGUUGAAAAUAUUAUGUUCAUGAAAAUAUUGUGUACAUGAAAAUAUUGUGUUCAUGAAAAUGUUGUGUUCAUGAAAAUAUUGUGUUCAUGAAAAUAUUGUGUUCAAUGACAAUACAUUUUGUAUUUACAAAU